UAGGACAUACCAAGGCAAGCUCAGUUGGCCGUGUGGAUAGUGCCAGAAGAUAACUCGGAAUGUUGCAGUGCUUGCGCUCGGCCGAGCCUGCGGUGAUCCAGAACAGUUGAUCGGAGUCGUACCGGAUGCACAAACGUGGCCUCCUGAGCCUGGGCUGUUGCUGUGCUUCCUGGUCACCGCAGCGAUCAAAAGACAAAUGUAGAAGAGCGAAGGCUGGACAGGAUGCAGCGUGAAGACCGCGUACGGCCGCGCGGCUGCUCGAGCCGAUGGUGUGUAAACGAAACGAGGCGCAAGUGGACAAUGGGACGAGCAACGAGGUCGGCAAAGUGUACGUACAGGCCGCAAAUACCGCAUUGUGUGCGAAGCGGGCGACAGGACAUCGAAUGGGCAGCGUACACGCCGUGCGACGAGGAGAUGAAACGGGCGGGAGCCGGGCGUGCGUCAAGUUGUUUUCGUGAUACUCGGACUCCACCGUGGGCCGUGGCCUGGGCGAGAAGGGCUGGUGUGGCUCCACAACGCCCUGGACGUGGGGAUGGCCUGGGCUGUCGACUGGCUCCUCGCGGGCGGGCGAGGGCAAGCGCCCACUGUUUUGCCGCCUCAAUUUGGCAAGGCGCCGCGCCCCGCAGCCGCCUCGGCCAAUCACCAUGGCGCUGGCGGCGAGCGUUCGCAGUGGCGCCUCGCCCCUGGCGAUGCCAGCGGUGUCCCUGGAUGGUCCCCAAAUUUUUGCGGCUUGGUGGGAGAGUGUUUGUGCUUGGUGGAAGGGCGGUUGAUCGCGACGCGCGCUGCCACUCCGCGAGGCAGCCUGUGGACAAUGCAUCGCCGGACCACGGACUGGUGACCAGUGUGUACAACGUCACCGCCGUGUUAUCGAUGUGUAUGUGCGUCCGCAUUCGCUCGCCACGACCACGGUGCACGGGCCACGGGCAGCGCAGUGGGCUAUCGCGAUGCCCGGGACCGCCCGCGCAGGCUGAUUGGCCCGCGGGGAGCCUCGCUGAGCAGCGGCCGGGGAGCGGCGGGGCGCGAAUGGCAGGCGCGCGGGGAUUGGCGCGGAGAUCGAACGGUGGGGCGGGAAGGGUUGCCGGACGUCAUGGGGAUGCACGAAGAAAGGGUAGUCUUAUGUCAUCACCUGCCCGUCCACACAGCUCCGUCUCACUACACCCGGCGUCUUCCCUCCUCGCUAUAAAUCUCCUGGUAACCAUGAUUCCCCGAUAAAGAAAGCCCCAUAGCCCCCGUCCUUAUAUUCUCCCUCCCCGCUCAUUCCGAGCCACUAUCCCUCCUCCGAAACCUCCUCCGUCUUCCCCAGCACCCUCUCAUCCCUGCACGCCUCCUCCGCCAUGCCCGGUCUCGUCAGCGAUGCAACCCGCAUC